AUGGCCCGGACUAAGCAAACGGCUCGUAGAUCUAAUGGCGGGAAGGCUCAAGGUCGUGUGUCAAUCACGGAUCCUGGAAAGCUGAAGAUCAGAAUACCAGCGCAGACAUUCUGUGUCCUCUGUCGAGACGGCAGUGAAAACCUUGUCAUCUUCACUUGCGACGAGUGCCCACGCGUCAUUUGCACUCGUUGCAUUGAUGUUCCUUCAAAUUAUAUCGAGGAAUUGAAAAAAAUGGACGUCAAAUUUCGCUGCGUCCUUUGUCACACAGCGUUGAUGAAGAAAUUAAACGACCAGACACCGUACUAUGCGAGUAUUCUUACAUCAUAUCCCCAGUCUUUUACUCACUAUAUACUUCAGGGAUUUUUCAGGGACGCACAGCCCGUUCUCCCGUUCUUUCUGCCUGUUCGUGUGCAAUUAGAGACAUCCAAGCGUUCCGAGAUAUCUGCCUCGCAUAUCCUUAUUAUCCACUUUAAACUGGUUGACCACGUGACUACUGGGAGCCCGGUUGACAUCAUCCACCAAUUUUUGGCGCCGUAUUUUCCAUAUGGUGGUCUCCGCAAGCUCGACGUAGUCUUUGAUCUAGGCACUUCUUCGAAAGUCAAAGGUUACAAUGAACAAUGCAUGGAGCUCGCCAAGGACGUCGUCGAACAGGACCAUUACAAGUCCGUAUGUAUUGUGAUUACGACCCAUACAGACGAUGACCGCGGUGAUCCGUUCAUUGGCCGUAAAAAAGGAGACAAAAGCGGAUACGUCUCUGCUUCUGUUCCUGAGUUCUUGAACGUUCUCUUCAAGCCGUGGCAGGACGCAAUCACCCGCGCUAAAGACACGACGAUGUUCUUCAUGGGCUGCGGAGCCAUCGUCAAUAAUACCGAAUCAUUUCGCGAUCUGCGUCUGUCCGUUCUCAACUCCAAACUUUCAUCUGCAAUUGCAUUCACAGCCCCGCACUUCCAACCGUCAUUCACAUGUCAUUUGGUAGUCGCUUUUGCUGAGCAUGUCCUCAUCGAAGGUUUUCCCCUCCGUGAAGCAUUCCCCGAGAUUCUCGGUCACUCAUAUCGACUGGGAAUGCACACAGACAUAAUUCUUAUGACAAGAUCUGAAACCAACGGCGCAGCAACGCUGCAAUGCACCCGAUAUGCAUGGUCCCACGCUACAGCUCGUCCAUGGGGAUCACUGCUUCCACUCCAAUGCCCGCAAUGCGGCUGCAUAACCAAAUGGAAUUUCAGUCGUGACUCGAACAAGUCUAUUUUUGUCUGUUCCUACAAGGAUUGUGGUCGCGGUCGUGGCACGAAAAACCUUCCUCCCAAGAGGUACAUCCUUCAGUGCCCAGAGGGCGCCAAGCGGCUCAUCCCAGGGAAAAGGCACAAUGCUGGAUGGCUGGAGGUGCCUCUAGACUUUUCCCAACCUAACAAGGUAACCAAAUUUUCAGACAUGUAA